AUGACACCACUUCAGACUGAUUAUCAACGUCGUGCCCAGGUGCGUAUGACGAUUACGGUAACAAUCUCGAGUUGUUUAACACUCUUCUUGGAUGCUGUUCCACGAGCCAUUGGAAUCUAUGGAACAGAAAAGAAAAUGACUGAAAGUUCAGAGCAAUGUGAGAGUGCGAUGUCGAUUCUGUUUCACUUGACGAAACUGAAUGCAAUGUUCAACUUGAUCAUCUAUUAUUGUCGUAAUAAAGCGAUCAGACAAUCGAUUCAAAAUCUGCUGAGGAUCCGAAAAGUUCAGGUGACAUCCGUUCGUCAAGCGAAUGUUGUGGCUGAUUUACGACCGUCAAAUCAAAUGAAUCGCACUGGUGCUGCACACUCGGGCAGAGGACUUCAUUUCUUCUCACUGAAUAUCUUAAAGAAUAGAAUCUGA